AUGGCGUCAAAUCUCCCCAUUCCUCUCCCUCCGCGCACUCCCACUCCGCCUCUGGACGACCCUCCGAAGGCCCCCAACCAUGGCUCCAAUCCAGGGGCUGUCGACCACGACUCGCUGUCGCCCUUGGUAGACACGUUUGCUCAGUCGCGCAGUGGUUUGGAUACGGAUGAUAGGAAGCAUUUGAGUCCUACGCGAGCGAACUUCAAUCUCAACCCGUCCGACUCGGUGCAGAAUGGCCAGAGCGACCCUGAUCCGGCCGGGCCCUUCAAUUUCAAAACUGCAACGAUGGCAAAAAGUCCGGUGAUCAAAUCUAACAUUGGCCAGCGUCGCGGACACAAGUACAAGCACAGUAGUAUUUCGCAUCAGAUCUUUUUGGAGCCGCCCCCAAGAGCGCCCCUAGCACUACCAAACUCGCUACCUAUCCCCACCUUGAAAGAGUGCCGGGCCAGUAUGUCCAAGGAUCAGAAAACACGAUUCUGGUGGAGUGUAUGCCAUAUGUUUGUUGCCGCCUAUACACUCUGGAGUGCGCAUGGAUCCUUGGCCAUGACCGCCCUGUCCCAUCUAAUACUGUUUGAUUCGCUUGGUGCAAUGCUUUGCGUGGCUGUGGACGUCCUGAGCAACUUCGAAGUGUGGAAGCGCUCUAGCAUUCGGCAUCCCUUUGGCUUAGAAAGGGCGGAGGUACUGGCUGGUUUUGCCAUGUGUGUACUCCUGCUCUUCAUGGGGAUGGACCUCAUUUCGCAUAACUUGCAACACUUCCUCGAAUCAUCCGGCCAUGAACCUCACCAUUCCCAUCCCCACGAUCGUGUGACCGUGGGCAGCGUGGACGUCACCGCUGUGCUUGCCAUCUCGUCCACGUUGGUCUCCGCUAUCGGCUUAAAGAACCAUGGGCGGAUAGGGAAAGCGAUGCGAUUUGGAUACAUUGAGUCCCUGCCCUCGGUGCUCAGUAACCCGUCCCAUUUCCUGACACUCUCGUGCUCCACGCUUUUGUUGCUACUGCCUUUGGUAUCCAUUCGGUUGUACAACUGGCUCGACGUGCUGCUGUCCGUGACGAUCUCCAUUUCUAUGUGCGUCAUUGGUGUGCGCUUGGUCAAGACACUGGGUUCGAUGCUUCUGAUGUCUUACUCCGGUCAAGGUGUGACUGAUGUCAUCCGGGACAUCGAGGCGGAUCCCUGCGUUUUCGGGAUCGACGACGCACGGUUCUGGCAAGUUCAUUACGGCCUCUGCAUGGCGAACUUGAAGCUCCGAGUUUCCGGCAGCGAAGAGAACCUCACGCGACUCCGAGAGCGCAUCUCUAGCUUGAUCAGAAACCGGCUAGGCGGAGGAUAUGGAUCUGGUGGUCAGAGAUGGGAAGUGUCCCUACAGUUUACGAUAGAAAGGGCAUGA